AAUAGCACUCAGUUGGUAUAAAUAGUUUCUCUGCAAGCAUUUCCCUCAGGCCAGUGAAUACAUCUGAACUAAGCUGAUCGAAAAGACACACUCAGCACAAUGGUUUAUUUGGCAGGGUUGGUUGGCUUGGUUCUCAUCUUGACUGCUGAAGCCAGAGUUGGAAACUCUUCUGAGUCUCGCUUCUGCACAGAGUCAAAGGAAUGUCUGCUCUAUGAUCUGGUGUGCAAGAAUGACGAUUAUGAGGUGCGCCACUAUGACUCAGUGAAAUGGGUGUCAACAGAUGAGGAAGCAUACUUCAUGGACAAGGCCACCUACACUGCCUUCAGGAGACUCUUCAACUAUAUCACCGGAUCCAACAAGGCUGGCGUCAACAUUGACAUGACAGCUCCGGUGACUGUCAAAAUUGAAGAGAAGAAGUGGGGGUCGUCUGUCUUCACCCUCAGCUUCCUCCUGCCGUCUACCCAUCAGAUGACUCCUCCCCAACCCACUGAUGACAAGGUGUACUUUACUGAGAUGCCAGACAUGAAAGUGUACGUGAGGGGCUACGGUGGAUGGAUGAUGUCUUUGACAUCCAGUGUAAACUCCAUGCUGCUGAAAAGGCAGCUAGACAAAGUCCAGGCCACCUACAACAAAGACUACCACUAUGCUGUGGGAUAUGACAGCCCAAAGAAGAUUCUGAACAGGCACAACGAGGUGUGGUACAUUGUUGAGGGAGAGCCUGUGUGCCCUACCUCCUCCUAAACAUCCUCCUCCACUACUGCUGAGUCUGGCAUUACUGCUUUGAGGAGGACCA